AUGUAUCUACCAACCUCACCUCUAGGUACCGCGAUAACCACCCCUUCAAAUGCACCGGCAUGGGCUGAAGCUACGGUUCCGUCGAUUCCCCAACUGGUUGUAUCAACUGGCGAUUCGCAACUACAACGAUGGUCCUCGUUGAUCGGGAUAAUUACUGCGAUUGUAGGGAAUGUCCUUAUAUCUUUUGCGCUCAACAUACAACGGUAUGCGCAUAUAAGAUUGCACAAAGAGCGGUCUGAAAGGAGGGAGAAAGCAAGAAAUGCUGCGAAAGCGCUGCAAAGGGGCUAUGGAACAACGAGGGAGGACGGCCCCAAUGGAAACCAAACCAUAGAAGAGAACGGGCACGAUGACGAGGAACCAGAUGAUCCGCUCCAGCAAUCCUUUCACUCGACUGAUUCACAAUCAACCGCAUAUUCAGAUAGUGGCCAAAAACCAGAUUCAAGUUAUUUGCAAUCGCCAUAUUGGUGGGGGGGCAUUGUUUUGAUGGCAAUCGGAGAAGCUGGGAAUUUUUUGGCAUAUGGUUUCGCUCCGGCUUCUAUUGUUUCUCCCUUGGGAGUUGUGGCCUUGAUAUCAAACUGCGUUAUUGCACCAAUUAUGCUGAAGGAGCAUUUCCGGUUGCGGGACUUUUGGGGAGUGGUGAUCGCUGUGGCUGGAGCAGUUACUGUCGUGUUGAGCGCAAAGCAACAGGAGCGGAAGUUAGGUCCUCACGAGAUUUGGGGUGCUAUCACAACUACAGAGUUCGAAGUCUACAUGGCUAUCACUAUCAUUUUGACUGGUGGCUUGAUGUCCGCGAGCCCGAAGUAUGGCAGAAGGACAAUACUGAUAGACUUGGGGCUUGUUGGGUUAUUUGGUGGAUAUACGGCUCUUUCAACAAAAGGGGUUGCAUCGAUGCUUUCUUCUACACUCUGGAGAGCUUUUACGACGCCAGUCACCUAUGCACUCCUGGCCGUACUUAUCGGUACUGCCCUGAUGCAAGUCAAAUACAUCAACAGGGCCUUGCAGCGCUUCGACUCUACGCAAGUUAUUCCAGUCCAGUUUGUCAUGUUCACUCUGUCAGUUAUUAUUGGGAGUGCAAUCUUAUAUCGCGAUUUCGAGAAGGCCACUGCCCAUAGUAUGACAAAAUUUGUUGGAGGUUGCUUACUUACUUUCUUUGGCGUCUAUCUCAUCACAAGCGGCAGACCCCGAAAUGUCAAUGGCGAAGAUGAGGAAUCGUCAGAUGAGGAACGAGAAGAAAGGAUAAGUCUCAUUGACCAAGAUCCGACAAGAGAAGAUACACGGUACACGGAUGAAGCCGGAAAAGAUAUGCCAAUAAGACGGGCAUCAAAGGCUCCCCAGAACGAUGACUCGGACUAUGAUGAUGAUGCUCAGGAUCGGCGAAGGUCCUCUCAUAUCAGCUUUAUCGACCCACUGCAUCGUCCUCGAACCCCAAGAGUCCAUUCCAGCCCAUCAUACCAACCAUCAGUUCGUAUCACCACAUCUGAUCAUACACCGGAGCAAUCGCUAGGGGCUGCGGAAGUGCCACUUCUCAGCAACCCAUGGCAAAGUCCGACUGACGAACCCCUUCGGGCUGUAAGGCAUCCAAGCCUUCAGGGGUUACACCGCACGACUUCCUCGACUCUCCCCCCUACGGAAGCACAUACAUCUUUCAUCGACCCUUCAAAGCCACCUACUGCAAGAUCUGUUACUCAAGGCAAUAUAGAUACACAUCCAGAUCUUCAGCAAGCGCCUGUAUUACUACAAGCGGAGAGACCACUCACGCCGGCAAAGAAUACAAUAUCCCGCAUAAUGCCUGGGCCAUUAGUAUCCCCACUUUCAGGCGGUUUGAGCGCAGUAGUGGCAGACUCAUUGCGACGAGGAGUUGAUCCUCCAUUGCGCAACAGGUCACUCAGACGGCCACGUUUCCCUGUUGAAAGAUCAAAAUCCGUGUCUCAGAGAUAUACGGAUGGGAGUGAUGAGGCAAUUGAUGCGCUUGGCGCGUCACCAUCUAAGAAUGGUGAUACAGCGGAUACAUUAAGCAAGUCAUUGGAGCCUGAGAGUUUCACCUGGUCAACGAUGACCCGAGCACGAACUUUAAGUAAUACCUUAAGCGGUCUGCUCUGGGGGGGCCAGCAAAGGACAGAAAGACCUGGUGCUGGAGAUGAAGAGGCUGGUCCUAGCGGAUCGUGA